AUGGGCGGACCUGCUUCCGAAGACGCUCUUAAAUUGUGUGAUUAUCAGCAAGCUUUAGCUAAUACAUGGUAUCAAAAAUUGUACCUACGCAAAGAUACACAGCAUCAUAGGUGGUUUAAACCAGUAUAUGUGUUUUACAGCUUACCUUCAGCUUCUGGUUUAGUAUUUCGGCAUAAGCUUAAGAUCAAACGAGCUCAAAGGCGAAUGAGUGAUGACAGAUGUCUAGAGAACAUCGAAAUUACAGAUCUUAUGUUGCCACUACGUGCACUUUGGCUGUCCCAAAAGACAGCGCUGUCUUUCAAAAUUUAUUUAUUGUUACUGAGGGUGACCAAGAGCAAUGUGAAAGAGUCAUUGGGACAACAAGUCGAAAGAAGUAUUUUUUAUGAAAGAAAGCACACUGUUUUUAAACGGCCAGCGUUUGAAAGUAUAGUUGUCAUACGAUUGGAUUGCAGAAUGGAAGCACCGUUGUGA